GGCGGUGUUCACACGUAAAGAAAAUCUUGAGUGUUGCUGUGGUACAUCUGGAAUAGUGCUUCUAGUAUCUACAGCGGGAUCUCUGCAAUAGUUGUGACCACUUCAACUCAUGAGUACUCAUUUUUAAAGGGAAAUUUACCACAGCCUUUGCUUUCUACCUAUCUGAACAUGCUGCUCAUCCUGCUCGGAGUGCUCAUCUUCCACCUCAUCAUCCUGGUCCUACUGUUUGUGUCAACAAUUGCCAAUGCCUGGACUGUAGCAGGAACCAAGAGUAGUUACCUGUGGUUCAGCUGUCUCACUACUAACGGAGGAUAUCACUGCAUUCCUGCCAGCAAUGAAGACUGGAUCCAGGCGGUUCAGGCCCUCAUGGUUCUCUCAGUGUUGUUCUGCCUCUUCUCGCUGGUCUUCUUCAUGUGUCAGCUCUUCACCCUGGUCAAAGGAGGACGCUUCUUCUUCACCGCCAUCUUCCAGAUCCUCGCCAGUCUGUUUGUGAUGUGUGGAGCAAUAAUCUACACGGUGAUGUGUCCGGAUGAGGAGGUGGAUGCUGCAUUCGGCUUUGCCUACGUCCUGGCCUGGGUGUCUUUCCCUCUGUGUCUGGUCAGUGGUCUCAUCUACAUCGUACUGAGGAAGAGGGAAUGAGAGAGGGAGGGAGGAGGUUAAGGCCUCACACCAUCACCAACAGAACACAGCACUGUGCCCCAGUGUUGGGGUCAAUUCCAUUUGAAUUCCAGUCAAUUCAGGAAGUACACUGACAUUCCAAUACUCUUCAAUGCUUCUUAAUGAGGUUUGCUUUCUGAAUUCACUGGAAUUUAAAUGGAAUUGAGCCCAACCCUGCUGUGCCCACUGACCACCAGAGGAGGCUGGUGAGGGGAGGAUGAACGGCUCUAAUAGUGGUUGUUUUCCGUUAAACACUUUGAGCAUUUUAUUACAUUUUGAGUGUUUGCACUUUUGGGAUUAUUCCAUUGGUUUCAUUGUGCCAGGCAAGCUCAAUCAAGCUCAGUUAAGGCAUUUGUAAGAAAACAAAUCCUAUUUGAACCCAGGUCUACGUUAUACAUACCCAUCACAGGAGGUUGGUGGCACUGGCUGGAGCGGAAUCAGUGG